CGCCGUAUAUUGAUGAAUGAAAAAUAUUCGAGUGCCGCUAAAGGUAAACUUUUCGGUUAGACCGAGAGACGUGGUCGUGUCGAUCGCAAAGAAACACCUGAGCUGCGGACUGAAAGGCCAUCCGCCAAUUCUUGCUGGGGAUUUCCCGCACGAGGUCAAGCUCGAGGAAUCUACUUGGGUAAUUGAGGACGGAAAACUACUGUUAAUUAAUCUGGAAAAGGUGAAUAAGAUGCAGUGGUGGGCACAUGUUGUAACAAGCGAGCCAGAAAUUAGCACGAAGAAAGUGAAUCCCGAACCUAGUAAACUCUCUGAUCUCGAUGGAGAGACGAGAGGUCUCGUGGAGAAAAUGAUGUACGAUCAGAGGCAGAAGGAACUAGGACUUCCGACGUCCGAUGAACAGAAGAAGCAGGACGUCAUCAAAAAGUUCAUGGAACAACAUCCCGAGAUGGAUUUUUCGAAAUGUAAAUUCAAUUAAAAUAAUUCAAUAAUACGCUUAAUGAUAUUCCGGUACUAUACAUUGAUACUUUUAAGAUACAUUCUCGCUUUUCAUUAUCAUAAUAUAAUGUGUGAUCGACGUUCCCGUAUCGUUGAAGAGGAAAGUCCAUGCAAUUGCAAAGAUGGCAGCACAGUGUUAGACUACAAUGCCAUAUACAGAGUUCUGCUAACGCAAUCGAAAUGGUGUUUUCGAUUAAUCUCUUAUUUUCUUCGCCUCUUUUUACCUUUUCCUUGCUUUUCUUUACACUUUUAAAGAAAUCACAUAGAUGCAUCGCACAGUUACAAAGGUUUAAUUUUUGUAUUGCGCUUUUCUUAUCUAUCGAGCUCAUUCAGUGGAAACAAGAUAGAUUAGAAAUGUAUGAAAGAAAUGCAACUUUGAGAAUAAAAAUCGUAUAACUGUU